UUGUCACUCUGGUUAUCUCCCUGUCGUGAACGUCGUCAUUUCUCUUUUAUCUUCUCCGCUCGUAACCAGCGACAGAUUCUAAUAAUCGAGAAUGGAUGGGAAUGAUUCUGUAGAUCCAAAACAGGACACUUCUGAUAUGGCAUUUUUUGUUCAGAAUCUACUUCAACAGAUGCAAUCGAGAUUCCAAACAAUGUCGGACUCCAUCUUAGCGAAGAUUGAUGAGAUGGGCAGCAGGAUAGAUGAGUUGGAGAAAAGCGUUACUGAACUCAGAACAGAGUUGGGUGGAGAGAGCUCUCCUCAUUCGGUUCCUCUUGCGGCUAAAGACAAUUCCGAGUCGCCGAGUGGGUCAUAACUGUGUUCUGUGAUAACUUGAAGGAAUUCGGCAUCUAAAUCCAUGGUAUUUCUAGACUCUAUUUCAUUUGGUAGUUAGUACCUGGUUUUUCUCAUGGAAAACCUGAAUUAUGCUGGUAUUUUUAGUCUAUACAUGUUAUAAAACUAAAUCAUUGAGACGAGAGUUUAAGUAUCACAUGUAUAUGUUCAUUUUUUUCCCAGUCGUCUGUGUUUUGAGAGUCUUAUCACACUCUCGUCCGGUUAUUCACAGGG